GCAUAUUACAACUUCUUUUAUUGCCUAUAAAAACCAAAGCAGAGUGACCUCUUGUAAAUAUAUUGUCUUCUUAUUGUUAGUUCUAUAAAUAUAUAUAACUAGCACAAGAAUUAGAAGGAGAAAAAACGUAAUAACAUAAGAAAAUGAAGACCAUCAUGAGGUUCAAUCUCUCCUUCUUCUUCCUCUCUGGGAUUAUUAUUUCAAUGGCCGCUGCCGAGUACCAUCAUGAUCAAGAAAACCAGUUAUUUGGGGCGUAUAACGGUGAAGAGUUAUCGUCCAUAGCCGGAUAUGGGGAAGAGAAGCUUUCCACCGUUCUUGUUACGGGCUCAGUUCUUUGUGAGACUUGUCUUCAUGCAGCUCAUCUCCAUGCAUGGCCAGUUUCAGGUGCUCUUGUUGGCGUUACCUGCCAUAUAAAUGGACAAAAGGGUAAAUCAAGUUGGAUAAAAGGUGUGACAGAUGAAUAUGGAGAUUUCACCAUUGACCUUCCUUCUCACUUGCAUGCUAUUCCCCACUUGGACAGAAAAUGUUCAGUUAAAAUUCUUAGGAUACCAAAGAACUCCUUAUGCAAACCGGCUUAUGUGAAGAGGCACAAGAGCCUGAGUUUGUCGUCUGUCGGUAAUGGAAUUCGAACCUAUGAUGCCGGAACAGUUAGGUUCCAACAUUUGACAUCUACAACAAAACAAGGAUGCGUUGGAAAACAGAACAGCUGAAAGAUGAUAUUGUAGGGAGAUCAUCUGUUAGCUUAAUUGGGAUGCAGUAGCAGCACCACAGCUCAGAAGAUGGCGCUUCAGUCACAACAUUGAGUUACAGAGGUUCAAUCCCAUCAAUUUAGCUGCAGAUGUGUAAGAAAAGAGAAAUAGAAACACGAGAGAAAAUAUUACAUAUGACGCAACGCAAAUGUAGUUAUGAAUGCGUGUAUACAAUCUUCUUUUUAUAAUAUAUAUGCUUUGUGUGAUAUAUUCCUAA